UGCUUAAUUAAGAAGCACACAUUCCACUGACUUUGCCAAGAUGGUAUCUUUCAACACAAUACUAAAGCUCGGUGCAGUGGUGGCAUUUGGACUUUCCACCACAGCUACCUCUACUGAAGUAGCCCAGGAACAGCCCAAGAAGGAGUCUUUCUUAAGCAGAUUCUUUGGUAAGAGAGAUGAACCUACCACGAAGCCUGAAGAAGUGUCCAAAUCAGAUAAUGUAGAGACUCAAGAAAACACUGAUACAGAUGAUCCACCGAUGUUCACCGUUGAAUGGUAUCUGUUACCCAAGCCCGAAAACAGAAAACAACUUCGUGAAAGGUUGCCACCAAAAUUAGCUGACGCUGUUCCAGAAAACUGUAAGGAGGCAAUAGACCCUUCAGUGGUGAAAGACAUUAGGUGGCUGUUGGAGAUACUAGGAAAAAAACAGUUGUCAAACAAAAGCUAAUCACACCCUUUAUUUAUGUG